GGACAUCUGGGGGGUCCCAGGGAAGUUUGGAAACGCGAAUUCGCGUCCUUAGAACCCCUGCCCACCCCCAAACUAGUUCCUGCUUCCCAACCCUUUCCCCCACUCCUUAGCAACAGGCGGAUGGGGGUGGGGUACUCCGGGAGGGGUCUCUUAAAGCAAAAGACAAGGAAAAGCCUUUUGGAUUUCAAACGCUUAGAACUUAGAGGUCCAAUCCAGCAGGGAAACAAGGCCUGGGUGGUGUGGAGCGAGGCCCCCAGCCCCAGGGCCAGCGCUAAGGAGAAGCAUCCCAAAGUGCUGGCUCCGCAGUGUCCCCCGUGUGGAGGCGCAUCCCCCAGAGCCCUGCUGGUGCCCAAAACUGACCACCACUGCGGGGAAGGGGGCUCCGAGGCUCAUCCCAGGCAGGACCCACAGCCUGGGCCCUCCCCCACAAACCAGUGGGCGCGACACCGGCAUCCCAUAUGGUCGGUGCAGCCAUCUGCGGAAGAGUCUCUCUCUCUCUCUCUCUCUCUCUCUCUCUCUCUCUCUCUCUCUAACUCUGCCUCCUGGCCACACACAGGUGUUUGAAUUAUGAAAAUAAAAUGUAAAAUGCAGCCACACGUGGCUACCCUAUAAACUAACCCCGAUUGCAAAACAUUUCCAGGGCCUCGGGUGUCCAUCAAAAGCUCAGACGGGAGGAGGGGCCCAGAGCCUUGAGCUCAUUGGCUGGGGGCAGGGGAGGGGGCGGGAUACCACUGCUUCCCUUUCAUUGGGUAUUCUCCUUCAGCGGAAAGCCAAUCCUCGAGCGUGCUGGGGGCGUGGCCAGGCGUGCCCUACAGGACUCGCCCCGAGUGCCGGCGCCCACCCACCCCGGUGGGUUGACGUAAGCGGUGAGCCUUGGCCCCCGACCCCUGCGUUCUGGGUGUCCUCGCACCCCCGGGGGCAGCGGGGCAGGCCCUGCCCCCCUCCAAGGCCUGCAGUCCCAGGGUGCAGCUGUCCGGCUCCGCCCCACCGGCGCUCAGGGUCCCCGCCUGUGGAAUGGGACUGCCCUGGGGGUCUGACAGCCCCCUCUGACACGGCGUGGGGGACGGGAAGACUGUGUGUCCCCCACCCCGCCAGGCCGAUGGCCCAGGAGGAGGCGGGGCACCUGCGCGAGGUGCUGGCCCGGGUCGGGGCCUCCCACGACAUCAAGGACCUGACCUGCAAGCUGCACUUCUAUGACCGCUGGGCCCCAGACUACGACCAGGAUGUGGCUGCCCUGCAGUACCGCGCCCCCCGCCUCGCCGUGGCCUGCCUCACCCAAGCCCACCUAGGCCUGCCACACAAUGCCCUGAUCCUGGACGUGGCCUGCGGCACCGGCCUGGUGGCCAUGGAGCUGCAGGCUCGGGGCUUCUUCCGGCUGCACGGGGUUGAUGGGAGCCCAGAGAUGCUGGAACAGGCCCGGGCCCGUGGCCUCUACCAGCAACUGAGUCUCUGCACCCUGGGCCAGGAGCCUCUGCCCAGCCCGGAAGGGACGUUCGACGCGGUGCUGCUGGUGGGUGCCCUCAGCGACGGCCAGGUGCCCUGCUCUGCCGUCCCUGAGCUCGUGCGAGUCACGAAGCCAGGUGGGCUGCUGUGUCUGACCACCAGGACCAAUCCGUCCAACCUGCCAUACAAGGAAGCCUUGGAAGGUGUCCUAGAUGGGCUGGAGCGGGCCGGGGCGUGGAGACGCCUGGUGGCGCAGCCGUGGACCACUGGGAGCUGGCUACCUCGGAGCUCCAGGUGGCGCCUGGGGCCUCAGCCCAGGACGGUUUCAUCUCCGGCAUCGUGUACCUGUACCGAAAGCAGGAAGGGGCCCAGGCUGAGAGAGAGGGGCCCGGGCCCCAGCCCUGCGCUGGCCUCUGACCCUCCGUGUGGACUUCCCCGGGCCCCCGCUGCUGCACCCUGCCACUCAGGGUGGGAGAGGAGAGGGCUCCCCUCCUGCACCCAGGACGGGAGAGGGCUCUGCAGGAGAGAAGAUUCCUUCCGGGGGUUUGGGAAGCCACAAAUGCUGGGGGGAAGGUGGCAUUGUGGUGCAGCCGGCGUCCCAUGUGGGAGGACCGUUCUGAGUCCCGCUGUCCUACUUCCUCGCCAUGCAGUGCCUUCCUAAGGUGCCUGGGGAGCCAGCAGGUGAUGGCGGCAGUAUUUUGAGCCACUGGCACCACCUGGGAGACCCAGAUGGAGUUCCAGGCUCCUGCCUUCAGCCUGGCCCAGCCCUGGCCCUUGCAGUCAUCUGGGGGGAGAGGGAUGACACAGCAAAUGGACGAUCUCUCUCUCUCUCUCUCUCUCUCCCUGGACUUUCAAAUAAAUAAAUCGAUCUUAAAAAAAAAA